UUCUCAACAAUCACAUCCUCUUCUUCUUCUUCUUCGAGGAGAGCAGCCAGAGAGCCACGGGCGUUGUACCAAAUGGCGGUAUAUUUUGCUGGGCGUGGCCCGAUUUCUAGCGUCUCUAGUGGAGAGUCUCUUAGUCACUGUUCGCCGGUAUGCUCAUUAGCCAGAGUCCCCACUCGGGUAACCCUUUGUAAGACAACCACUCCACAGUCCCUCCGUUCAUCUUUCUUCUCUUCCCUCCCCAGACAACAACAAAAGACCCAGUUGGUUCGUAGGAGGAUGCCACUUUCGGUAGUGAUGAGCAUCGAAGCGGGGAUAGGAGUGAUGGGUACGAAGCUUGGGAUGAUGAGUUACUUCGAGCCGGACGGGAAGGUGGUUCCGGUAACGGUGGUUGGGUUCAGGGAGGGUAACAUUGUGACCCAGGUCAAGACAGAGACCACUGAUGGCUACAGUGCUGUCCAGGUUGGGUACAGGAGGGUGAGGGAUAAGAAGCUUACAAAGCCUGAAUUGGGUCAUCUCAAUAAGGUUGGUACUAUUCCCAUGAGGCAUCUUCAGGAAUUCCGACUUACUUCCGUUGAUGGGUUUGAGCCAAACCAGCGACUUGACUUGGAGGAAAUCUUCAAGGAGGGUGAUCUUGUUGAUGUUUCCGGAAAAUCGAUUGGAAAGGGUUUCCAAGGUGGAAUCAAAAGGCAUAAUUUCCGUAGGGGGCCAAUGACCCAUGGUUCCAAGAGCCACCGAGCCUUGGGAUCAAUUGGUGCUGGGACUACUCCUGGACAUGUAUAUAAAGGUAAGAAGAUGCCUGGGAGAAUGGGGGGAACCAAAACAAAGAUAAGGAAGCUGAAAAUCGUCAAGAUUGACAGUGAACUUCGGGUACUCAUGAUAAAGGGGGCUGUUCCGGGUAAACCAGGGAAUCUGCUGCGCAUUGCACCAGCAAAGAUUGUUGGAAAGAACAUACCCAAGAACUAACUCCAACAUGUAAAGAGUGGACUUGCAAGGCAGAAGAACUAGAAUCAGUUUCCUCUCUUUUAAGAGCAUUGCAAAUGUGAUUUCUCUUCACAUUAGUUUUCUUCAUCUUAAUGGUAAAAUAAGAAAGUCAUACAACCCAAUGGAAUCAGCAAAUGCAGGCUAUUCUAGUGAUUCUAGUGCGUAGCAUAUCUUCCAGGGAUUUGGUUUUGGCAUUUCUUAGUUGGUAUAUGAAAACUGUAAAGAGCAAGCAAGACAAACACUAUCUGUCCAAAUUGCAUCAUUGUUAAGGACAUCAUUGUAGCCAUCUGAAAUACAAGGGUUCUGAUGUAAUAUUUUGAUA